AUGAAAAAUCAAGAUAGCGAUGAAAACACAACUGAAAACGACUAUGAAGAAAGUAAUAAAAAUGUAAAUAGUGACAGUAAUGGGAAUGUUGAAAGGGAUGGAAAGAUUUCCUUCGAAGAAGCAAAUAAACACACCCUGUUAAACAGAACAAAAAAGAAUAAGAAUAAAAUGGGAAAUAAAAAAAAGGAUGAAGAAGGUAAGUUAAAAGCAAAUGGAAAAGAUAAGAAGAAAAAAAAAAAAAAAAAAGGACAUGAGAAUGCAGAAGCAACCACAAAGGGAAAUAAUAGUAUUCUCUCUAAGAAAAAAAAAAAGAAAAAAAAAGAUAAUAUUUAUAUUAAUGAAGAAAUUGAUGAUAGUGAUGAUGAAUAUAAUUUAAAUACAAUUGGUAAUAUUGAUCUUAAGUAUUAUGAAGACCUUGAUAUUAUUGGGUAUGAUAUCGAUGGUAAGAAGAUAAAGAAAACAAAUGAAAACAUGAUUGAUGAUUUUAUAGAAUCAAAAACAGAUCCAAAUGCAUGGAGAAAAAUUAAGGAUAAGAAAAACAAUCGAGUCGUAACACUUACAGAUGCAGACUUAGAAAUUAUAAGAAAGAUAAGAGAAAAUAGUAUAGCCAAACAUAUAGAUGAAUCAAAAUAUAUAUAUGAAAAUGAUAGAGAAGAAUAUAAAUUACCUCUUAAUAUUAAUAUGAAAAAGAAUAAUAAAGUAUCAAAAGGUGAAAAAAUGAAAGUAUUAAAACUAAUGAGAUAUUUAAUGGAUAAAGAAAAACAUCCUGAAAAAUAUCCAGACAAAAUAGAUAAUAAUAAAGAAGAGAUGAUGUUAUAUGAUAUAUGGAAUAAUAAAAUAUAUGAUGAAUAUUCAAAUAUGAAUGAAAUAAGUUUACCAAAUAUAUUACCAGGUCAUAAAUAUAGUUAUAACCCACCACCUGAAUUAAUAUAUACUGAAUCUGAUGAAAGAAAUAUUUUAAAAAAUAAUAAAGAUGCAUUUAUACCUAAAAAUUAUGAAAAAAUAACAAAUAUAGAAUAUUAUAAAAAAACAUAUUAUGAUUUAUAUCAAAGAUGUUUAGAUAUAUAUUUAUGUUCAAGAUCUGUAAAAAGUGUAUUAGAUAUAAAAAAAGAAGAUUUAUUACCUAAAUUACCAUCUACUCAAUCUUUAAAACCCUAUCCACAAUAUCCCUUUAUAAAAUAUGAUAUAGCUGAUAAAAUAAAGAAUGAAGAUAAUGGUCAUAAUUAUAUUUGUUUAAAUGAAAAUGAUCAUAUUUUUUAUGUAAUAAAAAAUAAUAAAUUAUAUUUAUUCGAUAUAUUAACAUCCUAUAAUAUUGAUGUAAUCGAUUUGGAAUACUACUUUAAUUCUGUAUUGCCAACAGAUAAAAAUAAUAAAAAAAAUAUAAUGAUAAAAAUAAAUAAAACAUAUUCUUUAUUAGCAAUAUCAUGUGAAAAUUAUAUUAUAUUAAUUCAAUAUGAAAGUUAUAUACCUCCAGCUAAAUCUAGUACACAAGAUAUUGAAAAGGUUUAUUACAACGGGAAAAGAAGAAAAGAUGACAAUACUUAUGACACUAACAAUAAUGAUGAGCAUAGUGAAAAUGAUACUGAAUCUUCAAAGGACAUUAACGAAUUUGAAAGUGAUGAAGAAGAUAAUAAUCAAAUUCUUGAGGAUGAAUGGGAUGAUGAAGAUAUAAGUGAUAGUGAAAAUGGAGAAGAUAGUGAAAGUGAUAAAAAUGAUGAAAUUACAGAAAAUGAUAAUAAUUUGAAAAAAAAAAAAUAUAUAGAUUUAAAUAAAAAUAUGAUAUAUUGUAAAACUAAAGAAUUAAUUAAUUCUUUUAAUCAAAAUUUUAAUAAUUCCGAUGAAUUUAUAUCCUCUUCUGAUUUGGAUAUAAAAUGGACUAAACUUCCUUCUAAUGAUAAGAAACUGAAAUAUUGUGUAGCAAUAAAACACGAAGGAUUAAUUAGGCACUUUUCUUGGAACCGAAAUGGUAACUAUUUGUCAGUGACAUGCUUACGAAAACUUGGACAAUAUCAUCAUUGCUACUUGCAUCAUAUUAAAUCCAUGAGGACAAUAAAAUUAAUAAAUAAAUACAAACAGAAAAGAGGGGACAUAAUACAAUCUAUGUUUUUUCCACGCAACCCCUACUUUGUUGCUGCUUUUGAAAAUAGCAUAAUAAUAUAUAAUUUAAAGCCUUCGUCAAAGAAAGAGAAAAUAUUCAAGAAACUGAGAGGAGUUAAAAAUGCAACAAGCAUAGAUAUACAUACAAAUGAAAGUUAUAUUUUAGUGUCAGAUGAAAAAGGAAAUGUUUUUAUUUAUGAUUUAGAUUUGGCUAGUAGUCCAUAUAAAAUGUUUCAUGCUCAAAACUGUUCUUUAAAAAAAGCAGAAUUUCAUAAGGAAUAUAAUUUGUUUUAUUCAUUAGGCUCAAAUGGUGUGAUAAAUUUAUUUUACUCUAAAUUUUUUAAUGAUUAUAUAACAGAUCCUAUUUUAGUACCAAUUAAGGAAAUAAAAAAUGAAGCAAAGAUAAUUGACCUGACUUGGUCAGAUAAAAAACCAUGGCUAUUUGCUCACACAGAGUCAAAUUUUUCUGUCUUAUACACAUAA